GGGGGCUGAUAGAGAUGGCGGGCGGAAGGACUCCUAAUAAGGCUCCCGGAAGCGGGCUGGGCGGGACCCCGGUAGUGCCGCCCUCGGUCGGGUGGACCGGCGCCUGGUUCGCAGGCUCCCGCGCAGCGACGCGUCUUCCUGCUGGUGGAAUUCGCCAGCCGCCAGCCUCGCCGGCCCAGGUACUUGACGGCAUCAAACGUAAAAGUGUGUUCUUAAUUCUAAAAUCUAUGACAGAACCGAACGCUUCUUUUUCCGACAGGAAAGUGCUCAGAUGUAUUCUGCUGAAUACCGGUUCCUCCAGUCGACAUCCGCAUUACAGUUUAUUGUCACAUCAAAAGGGAAGAGCGAAAAAUAAAUAUAGCUUAGGCAGGACUUUUGAAACUUUAUUGAAACUCGAAAGACAAAGUGCUGUCUCUUCCUCCAGUGAUGUUCUUCCUCCCUCAGUCUCUACCCUCCCCAAAAUGAUGUACACACAGCGCUUAGAUGAGGACACGCUUGUGAGGCUCAACGUCAAACCUUUAGCCUUGUCUCUCCUCGCACCCUUUUUUUAAAAACAAAACUUCGUCUGAUUUUAAUGGACUAUUACCAUCAUCGUCGGUAAAUAUUUCUUGACAGAACACUGCUGAUUCUGAGAAUUGCGAAAGAAAUAAACGGUCCAGAUAGUUUUCUAAUAUACUUGGGAAGGACGUACAUAUAUUUAUUCAAUAAUGGUGUAAUGAGAUGUGUCAAAUGAAAGGUGUCAAUGAUAAGGGCUACAGGGACUGGGAUCAGGGAGUCAUUUCUGAGGGCAGAAAAUGCCUCAGGAGGAACUAUUCAGGCUGAAAGGACUGCAAUAAAUAAAAAGUGGGAUGACGAAAGGGCAGAUGUCUGAAUGGACAUCUUCGUCCAGGAACAACAAUUAGUGCCUUUUACAUUUGUCACGUGUUGACUGAAUGAAAGUAUACCUCUCUUAAACUUUCAAAUAUCAACACCAACCCUUGCUGUUUCCCGGUAAGCAUUUUCCGCAAAAGCUGUCUUCCCGAAUCCUGAUUGAUGUCUCUGUUCUUCAUCAUCACUGAGAUACUUAAAAAUUCAUUUGAAGAAGCCACCUGAUAAUCUGGAACAAAGAGCAUAUUAAAUUAGUCCCGAUGCAGCCAUGUAUCCAGGGGGCCCUUGAAUAAUGUUCAUUGGUGAUGACAGCAUCUCUGUCGUGUAAAUUAAGAAUGGCACAAACAAGACACAGUGGAACAUAAAACAAAAGUCAUCUGCAGGAAGGCAGCCCAUCUUACAGGGUAAGAAGAGCGCAACCCUGGUUGUACACACUGCUUUGUUACCACAAAAUGCUAAGGUGAAAUCUGCAAAAGCAAAUGUGUAGAAUGUAGCCCAUCUGCUAAACAAAGAAGAGCUCUGCUGAGCAGGGAGUAAAUGACAGGAAAACCAAACAGCAGAUGGUAAAAAAUAACUUAGUCACAUCCCAGGCUUCCUAGAGAUGUAUCGUAAAGACUUAAGGAAGAAGAUUUUACUUUGCUAUUGUUAAACAAAAGCCUACCCCAGUUUAAGAGGCAAAGAUAUAGAAAUGAAAAAAAAAAAAGUGACAACCUUAGUAAAUGAGUUUUAUAGCCUGUGUUUUACCAGCUCUUAUCUUCUCUGCUACUGCAGGAAACAGUACCCAGUACCCUACAAAGUUCCACCCAUGUUUUGGGGAGUCCCUAGGAAGUAUUUCCCGGGUGCUCACAGCAACCACAGUGUGCCCAGCGGCACUGCCGCUUGUCCCAAUAGCCAUGCAUCUGUAGGUGUCACUCUUGCUACUGGCUAUCACAGCCACUUUAGCUUGAUACUGAGUCUCCACUGGGCAUAGCAACUGGGUACAGCCACUCCUCAAACUGCCUGGUAUUGGUGGUAAUCUACGGCAAAGCACCUCUCCUUUUGCAUUACCCUCUUUGAAGUGAGUAACACUGUAUCUUAGCCUUCUUUUCUCAACUCCAAAGGGCUUAAAAUGAAGUCCUUGGAGUCUAGGCCAAAAAACAACUCCUCAAGUGACAGAUCUUAUGCUGUACUUCUCUCUCCCACUAGCUAAGCCCUCUUACUGGGAGAAUGGUAUCACACCUGGCUCACUCUUCCCUUCAUUGAUUUCUCUGUUUCUCAUACAAAGAUUUCUGUCUGUUGCCUGUGAGAGACUGAAUUUGCACAAGCUCUAUGAAAGGCAUUUUGGCAGUUUGAUCCAGGAGUUCGUCGUCUAUUAAUUGGUCUUACAGAUAGACUCACAAAUAUGUGAAAAAAUAUAUUAAUUUGAGGUUGUUUAAUGUACUAUUUCUAGUUACAAAAGGUUGAAAACAACCUAAAUGUCCAUUUAGAGAGAACUAGUCAAAUACAUUACGGUUCAUCCAAAUCCAAAGAGUAGUGCAAGCUGUUCUCCUUUGGGCCUUCUGAUCCUGCACAGGUACAUUAGGUCCAGUCGGGAAAACAGACCCUACGCUAGGCAUUUCAACAAAGAGAUCUUAAUACAAGCUAUUGGUUCAUUAGUUACUGGAGAACUUAAAGCCAAAAGGAGAAAUAGAGAAGAGGACAUCCAGGAAGCAGCUCACACUCUAAGGCUGAGAGAACAAAAAGAAAAUGUUGAGGUUACUAGAAUGUGGAGGUUUGUAGGAGAGGCCUCCUGGAGUUGGUCAGACCUCUGAGAAAGGGUCACUACCCCACUGGUGGGGGUGCCUCUGAGGAGACAAAAUGAGACUGCCUCUGGGAACAUCUGGAAAAGAGAAAAGCUGGAGACUGCAAUCCACUGCCACUGUGGAGUAGAAGAUCACUACUCAGGUGCUGCGGGGAGGAACAGCAAGCAAAAGAGCAUCCCAGUUGUUCCCUAGCAUCCUUUCUUGGCAAAUAUAACAGGGAGCUGGUCAUGUGGUUUGCAGAGUUUGAAGGGUAAGACUGGAACUGACAUGCAACUCCUUACUAAAUUGGGUAUUUCCAUAUAACCCCUAACAAGCAAGAGGCACCUCUUUAUGAGCUAACAUAGAAAACUCUCAAAGAAAAAAAGCAAGGCUUCGAAGACUGUGUAUGGUAUACCGUAAGUUGAGAUAAAAGAAAGAAAA